ACACUGGUCGACGCUAGGAAGAACAAGAAAACGACAAUUUGCCACAGUCACAAUUUAAUUUCUUUAGUUUUUUGGGUUUUUAUUAAAAUUAACUGCACGCAGCAAAGCAAAACGGCAAUCAGUGGCACCCGAACUGAGUUUUCAACUAGCAUAAAAGAGUCAAUUAUAAGGGUUUGCCAAUGCACCCCGAAUCUUUAGCAGUGCAAUACCCACACUAAAUACAAAUUUUCAGUUCUUCGCCAGAUGUUCAAGCGUCGCCAUCAACCGAAACCGAAUUUCCACUCGUAACCGAUUCUUCCAGGAAACCCAAAUUACCACCAUGGAUUUAUCCGCCUCCACGUCGUUUGAAUCCUCGCCGGACAAAAGGAGCAACACAUACGUGGGCGACAAUACGCUGUACGACAGUGCCCUGGAUCACCAGCUGUCCACCACGGCCUACAAGACCUGUAAUGAAAGCCUUAUCAGCGAACUGAGCCAAAAUCCGUUGGCCCCCUCGAAUUCGGCCAACAAAGUCAAUGCGGAAUUUGGCAAUGAGUCGGCUGUGUUCAAGUCCUUCGGAUCCCCGGCGCCGGCCGCUUUCAACAGUCCCACGCCAGCUCUCAAUGCCAGCAUGCUGCUCAUUCAGUCCGAGAGCACUGACACCAACACAUCGCAGGAGGAGGUGGACCCCAAGUCGCAGCUGGCCAACAAGACAAUAUUCAAGACGGAUAAUCCCAACCUGUCAAUUAUAGAGAUUAACGAUAACUCGAUUAAGGAAGAGGACCUCGAAAAGGAGGUGGUGCUGGUGGAGGGCGACAGUGUGAAGAAUCUGCUCAAGAGGUCGCCCAGCAAGGAUACUUCGGCAGGCGUGAACGCAGACAAGCGGCGUCGCAAAGAGUCACUGCUGCAGACGAGCAAGCAGAAGCUGGACAUUUCGAUUGCAGAGGCUUCGGCCGCUGCAGAUGGCGAUGGCGACAAGCGGGAUCUGGUGCCGGUCAUCGAUCAGCCGCAGACCAAGCGCGAAAUCACAAUCUACGACACCAUCGAGGAGUUUGAACAGAAUCUGCCGUCGACGGUGACGCUGUUAAACACGCCCUUUGGCAGCAAGGUGUAUCUCGUGGGCACGGCCCACUUUAGCGAGGAGUCCCAGGAUGACGUCUCAUUUGUCAUACGCAAUGUCCGUCCAGAUGUGGUCAUGGUUGAGCUGUGUCCUUCGCGUAUUCACAUCCUGAAGCUCGAUGAAAAGACGCUGUUGGAAGAGGCCAAGAGCAUCAAUAUUCCCAAGAUUCGAGGAAUCCUGCACACUCAUGGCUACAUCAACGGCAUCUUCUUCAUCCUGCUGCUGCAGAUGAGCGCCCAAAUCGCCAAGGACCUGGGCAUGGCGCCAGGCGGAGAGUUCCGGCGUGCCUUCGAGGAGAUCCACAAGCUGCCCGGCUGCAUUCUGCACCUGGGCGAUCGUCCCAUCCGCAUCACCCUGUAUCGUGCACUGCGUGCGCUGUCCUUGUGGCAAACGAUGAAGCUGGUCUGGCGCCUGACCUUCACGGACAGCAUCAGCAUAGAGGAGGUGGAGGAGUGCAAACAGAGCGACCUGCUGGAGAAGCUGAUGCAGGAGAUGGCCGGCGAGUUUCCCGCCUUUUCGGAUGUGUUCGUGCGCGAGCGCGAUCUUUUCCUGUGCCACUCGCUGCAGCUGGCUGCUCUGCCUCAAGCGGCGCCGGGCGCCCAGCAGAUCCGUCCGGUGCGCGUGGUCGGAGUGGUGGGCAUCGGGCAUGCCAACGGCAUUGCCAAGAUGUGGGGCACCGUGGACCCCAAGAAGAUUCCGGCCAUUCUCGAAAUUCCGCCGGCCAGCAUCGGCCAGCGCAUCUGCACAUACACGCUAAAGUACGGCCUGAUUGGCCUUGGAUGCUACGGUGCCUUCCGCUUCUUCCGGCCUCGCCUGACUCGCUUCUUCUAGGAUCUUGACGAUGGACUGUGGACCAAGUAUGAGCCGACUGUUUUUUUCCCUGCGUCUGCUACUCUGUUGACUUUGUUUUUAGUAAUUAACGAAUCGCUUGCGCUGAUUUAUACACAAUUUAGCGUACGCAGAUGAACCGAAUUAGUUGUAUUGUAUUUUAUUGUACAAUGAUGUUUUGAUAGACUCGUUUAUAUACGAAAUAUAUCCAUGGAUGUAUAUACCUGCACACGCAGAUACUACCAACACACAAA